AAUGAAUACUGUUUAAUUAAUACAACCAUGGAGGUAAGUAUCACCUCAAGCGAUAGAAGCCUUAAAAUCUUUAGAGUAAUUAUAAACUAUUUCAAAUGCAAAAAUAGUUAAAAGAAUUACUACAACAUCUCCAAUCAAAUAAUUUUUCUUGAAUGGAAGAUAACUUACAGUCUUUGGAAAUAACAGUCAAACUAAGAUCAUUUAAUAACCCUCUUCUUAUCAACCAGUUCAUUAAACUGAUAGAGUAUAACCAUAACAUAAUAGAAAUAUUUCAUUUGAAAUGCUAAAUUUUAAAUAAUAAGUGUAGGAUAAUAUAUUGCUUUAAACUGUUAUUUCAAAAUAUGAGUCUUCUCCUAAAAUGAGUACUCCUGUAAAGAAUUCUGGUACAUAAACUCCUACUAUGUUUACUCGUAAUUCAUGUGAUAAUAUCAAUAUACCUAAGGAAUAGAAUAAAGUAAUAGAAUCUAGAGAAAGUAAGUCUCCUUAAGUAAAUUUGAUCUAAAAAAAGAAAUUAAUUUUAAAUCAAAUUUUAUAACUUGACAAUGAAAUAAAAUUAAUGUAAGAUGAAGAAGCAAAAAGAAGAUUAGAUCCAUUAAGAUAAAAAACAUCAAAUUAAACAUCAAUAGCUCCAGUAUCAAUAAGAGAAUCCUUAGAGAAAUAAGCAAGUACUAGUACAUUUAUGUAAAAAUUGAAUGAAUGGAUGAAGAAAAAGAAAAAUGUUCAAUUAGAUGAAAAAUAAGAUGAAUAAUUCAGUUCAAUAUAAAAUUCUGUUUUAAGGGAUGUAUGAUUAUGCAUAAUACUUAGUGUACUUUUAAGGGAAAUUUAACAUCUAAAGAAUAACAUUAUGAAUCAUUUUAUGAUCGUAAUAUGAAAUGGUAAAGGAGAGUAAAUAUGAAGAAAUAAAAGAUGAAAACUUAAAAAUCUAUGAUAUAAUUGAAAAAAGAAUCAAAAUCACCAAAUUAAAAGGUUUCUAGACCAAAUUCAUCAGAAUUAAAUUGUUGGAUAAGAGGAAAAGAAUUAAAAAGUUCUUAAUCUCCUUAAAAACAAAAAUCAAAAUAAAAUAAGAUAUAAUAAUAAUUGGCAAAUAAAUUACGUUUAUGA